CCGGUCCAGCAGGCGGCAGCACAGCGUCGGUUCGGUGUCCGCCGGUAAACACAAAGAAGAAGCGGUCCGUGGAAAACCAGCACGUUAAUCUGAACUGCAGCGGCUCUGUGGGCUGAACCGGACCGGGAUGCUGUGAUAUGGACCCGGAUGAGUCCCUGCGGAAGAAGCGGCAGGAGGCGGACCGGCAGCUCGGCGCCUCCGCUGGAAAGAGCCGCCGCCGGUGACGGUGCCGGUACGGGGACGCUGGGCGUGCUGUUGUCCGUGUCCUACCCGCUGCUGGCCGUGCUGUCCCUGCUCCGGUCGCUCCUCCGCUGGCUGUGGAGCCGCAGCACGGCCGCUGUCAGAGCCGAGCCCCGAGCCGCCGACGAGCCUGGCGGCUUGCAGCGGGACGGCAGCGGCAGCCCGGAGCGAGGCGGCCGGGUCCGGAGCCACCACGGGCGGGCCUUCGAGUACAUGUCUGCGGCGCUGAGGCUCGAUGAGGACGAGCGAGGUGACAAGCAGCAGGCGGUGGGCUGGUACCAGCGAGGGAUCACCGAGCUGGAGAAAGGCAUCGCCAUCCAGAUCUCAGGAAGCGGAGAGAAAUAUGAGCGCGACAGACGUCUGCAGAACAAGAUGACCACCAACCUGAUCAUGGCUAAAGACCGACUGCAGUCUUUAGUCAAGGUGCUCUCAGGGUCCGGGGCGCAGACAGACAUUUACACUGACAGCUCUAACCCCGCCUACCAUACCGCCCACCUGCGCUCAGCAGGUGGCGCUGUCUCCAGAAAGAGAGACUCUGUUAAUCCAGCACCAUCCAGCCGACCGAAGCGCUUCCCAAAGACGUCCUGUUCUUCCUCCUCGUCUUCCCUGGCGAGCCUCCAGCGCUCCUCAUACCUCAGCUCUCAGCGCCCCCCGGCCCCCGCCAACAGUAAGGGCAGAACAAGUCGUCACGGCGUUAAAGUCAGCUCCCCGACGUCGCCGCCGCUGAGGAAGAAAGACACAAAGAACCUGAAGAACGUCGACGGGAAGCUCGCCAACCUCAUCCUCAGCGAGAUCGUCGACAGCGGCUUGUCUGUGAGGUUUGAAGACGUAGCCGGUCAGGAUUUGGCGAAGCAGGCGCUGCAGGAGAUCGUCAUCCUGCCGGCGCUGAGGCCGGAGCUGUUUACAGGACUGCGCACUCCAGCCAGAGGACUUCUUCUGUUUGGUCCGCCCGGCAACGGCAAGACGAUGCUGGCUAAAGCUGUGGCAGCUGAGUCCAACGCCACCUUCUUCAACAUCAGCGCCGCCAGCUUAACCUCCAAAUACGUGGGUGAAGGGGAGAAGCUGGUUCGAGCUCUGUUCUCAGUGGCCAGAGAGCUGCAGCCAUCCAUCAUCUUCAUCGAUGAGGUGGACAGUCUGCUGUGUGAACGGAGGGAGGGCGAGCACGACGCCAGCCGACGCCUCAAGACCGAAUUCCUCAUCGAGUUUGACGGGGUCCAGUCAGGAGGGGAAGACCGGGUUUUGGUGAUGGGAGCCACCAACAGGCCUCAGGAGCUGGACGAGGCUGUCCUCAGGCGUUUUGCUAAGCGUGUGUUCGUAGCUCUGCCGGCCGAGGAGACUCGCUUCAAGCUGCUGAAGAACCUGUUGGGGAAACAUGGAAACCCGCUGACCCACAGAGAGCUGAGCCAGCUGGCCAGAAUGACAGAGGGCUACUCCGGCAGUGACCUCACCUCACUGGCUAAAGACGCCUCCCUGGGACCAAUCAGAGAGUUGCGUCCAGAACAGGUGAGGAACAUGGAGGCCAGCGAGGUCCGAAACAUUUGUUUCAGAGACUUUGACGAGUCUCUGAAGAAGAUCAAGAGGAGCGUUGGUCUGCAGACUCGAGAGCUUUACGUCCGCUGGAACAGAGACUAUGGAGACACCACGGCUGUAUGAACUCGACACAGACAGACUUCUUCCAAAAACCUCCUUUUUAAGCAACAGCAGAGUGUUUUAUGAACCUCUGCACGAAUGUUUUUACAAAAUAAAGAAUCCUCCUCUUAUAUUUUUUGUUUCUUACUCGGACUCUGAUGUCCAAAGACAUUCUUCUUUAACUGAACUCUUUGUAGCGAUGAGGAUUAAAAAACCAUCCUUUGGCGGA